GAAAGAGAAGAGACAGGAGGAGAGGGGAAGAGAGAGGGAGGGAAGGAAACAGGGAGAAGGGGGUCACAGAGUGACCGUGGAGCAUGGGGUUUCUCUAUUCCAGAUAUUUCUGGGAUUGGAGACUGUUUGCUAGUGGGGAGACUCCAGCUCCGGCAGACAGCUGGGCAGCGGCUAAGUAAAAUGGACAGUGAGAGACAGACGUUCCAGCCACCUCUCCACCGCCCAGAGAUCCCCGAGCUGCUUUCAGGCCAACUCCAGUUUCCCAGCUGGUGCCUCCGAGCGCGCUGGACUGCGCGAGCCCAGGAAGCUCCUAAAAUCUGCUCCUCGGAGAUACCUUCGCCAGAGAAGUAAGAACUUCCUGCUUGAGUCCCUGCAUCCCUCCCCCUGAAACUUCCCAGGAGAAGGGGCGGAAGACCCCAAAGGGAGGGGCGAGGGGGAUCCUCGGGCAGCCUUUUCUUCCCUCCCCUACCCUCGCCGGGCGCGCAGGCAUGGAUGUGCUCAGCCCUGGCCAGGGCAACAACACCACCACUUCGUCCCAAGGUCCCCUUGGGACAGGCCGCAAUGCCACUGGCAUCUCCGACGUGACCUUCAGCUAUCAAGUAAUCACCUCUCUGCUGCUGGGGACGCUCAUCUUCUGUGCGGUGCUUGGCAAUGCGUGCGUGGUGGCCGCCAUCGCCCUGGAGCGCUCCCUGCAGAACGUUGCCAACUAUCUCAUUGGCUCAUUGGCGGUCACCGACCUCAUGGUGUCGGUGCUGGUGCUGCCCAUGGCCGCGCUGUACCAGGUGCUCAACAAGUGGACUCUGGGCCAGGUCACCUGCGACCUGUUUAUCGCCCUCGACGUGCUGUGUUGCACCUCGUCCAUCUUGCACCUGUGCGCCAUAGCGCUGGACAGGUACUGGGCCAUCACGGACCCCAUCGACUACGUGAACAAGAGGACGCCCCGGCGCGCCGCUGCGCUCAUCUCGCUCACUUGGCUCAUUGGCUUUCUCAUCUCCAUCCCGCCCAUGCUGGGCUGGCGCACCCCGGAAGACCGCUCGGACCCCGACGCCUGCACUAUUAGCAAGGACCACGGCUACACUAUCUACUCCACUUUCGGCGCUUUCUACAUCCCUCUGCUACUCAUGCUGGUUCUCUACGGGCGCAUAUUCCGAGCUGCGCGCUUCCGCAUCCGAAAGACAGUCAAAAAGGUGAAGACCGGAGGAGCCGACACCCGCCUUGGAGCAUCGCCGGCUCAGCAGCCCAAGAAGAGCGUGAAUGGAGAGCCGGGGACCAGGGACUGGAGGCGGGGCGUGGAGAACAGGGCGGUGGGGGUUCCGUGCGCCAACGGCGCGGUAAGGCAGGGCGACGAUGGCGCCGCCCUGGAGGUGAUCGAAGUGCACCGGGUGGGCAACUCCAAAGAGCACCUGCCAUUGCCCAGCGAGGCUGGUGCUGCCCCCUGCGCCCCCUCCUCCUUCGAGAGGAAAAAUGAGCGCAACGCUGAGGCGAAGCGCAAGAUGGCCUUGGCCCGCGAGAGGAAGACAGUGAAGACGCUGGGCAUCAUCAUGGGUACCUUCAUCCUCUGCUGGCUGCCCUUCUUCAUCGUGGCCCUGGUCUUGCCUUUCUGCGAGAGCAGCUGCCACAUGCCCACCCCGUUGGGCGCCAUUAUCAACUGGCUGGGCUACUCCAACUCUCUGCUCAACCCUGUCAUUUACGCCUACUUCAACAAGGACUUUCAAAACGCAUUUAAGAAGAUUAUUAAGUGUAAGUUCUGCCGCCGAUGAUGAUGGAGGAAUAGCCUGCAGGUGGAGGCUACAGGACCCGCCCGCCCCAUUCACUCUGCCUCCCUCAGCCCUCUGGAAUCAACACCUAGGAUAACUUGCUACUUUUCCUCCGACUUUCUCAGCUGUUCCGCCCGCGGCUUCCAGACCUCCUCCCCACCCCACCCUCUGUGCCAGCGGAUGGCGCUCGG